AUGGAAAACAGCCCGCUUUCCAGCACAGCUCUCUCCAAACCCCACGGGUCACGGCUGUGCCGGGAAUGCGGGCGGCUGGCACCGGGGCCGAGGGGGUGUGCGGCCCGGGGCGGCUCGGGCGAGGCGGGCGGCGGGGCCCCGCUGGGGCACACCCGGCCGGCGGGGCGCUCCCGGGGCGGGGCGGGAGGCGGAGCCUUGGCGCCGCGGCCGAGCCCCGCAGCGGGGCCGGGCGCUGCCGCCGCCGGAGCUUCGCCUGGCCUCCUCCCUCCCGGGCUUGCCACAUCGGCACCGCCGUUCCGAGAAGCGCUUCCCGGAGCGGAGCGGGAGCCCAGCGCGGGGAGAUGGAGCCGCGGUGCUGCCGCCGCCGCCGCCCCCCGGGACUCGCGCUCCGCCAGGGCCGCUGCUGCCGCUGCCGGGACGGAGAGAGCGGCCCCGCCGCCGUCUAACGCCGUAGCCCCGGCGGCGCGGCCGAGGCGGGAGGCGGCGCGGAGCGCGGCCCCCUCCUCCCCGCCCUCCCCGCCGCCGCUUCCCCGCCCCCGCCCGGCCCGGCCGGGCUCGGCAGCCGGGCCAUGGCGGGGCGAUGAGGGAACGGCCGCCCCUGCCCGCAGGCUGCGUGGGGAGGCGGGGAGCAAAGGGGCUGCGCGGCUUGGCGGCGCUGGAGCCGGGCGGCGGGGCGGGGGGAUGCUGGGCGCGGGGGCCGCGGCGCUGCAGCUCCUCUCCCGGGCCGUGAAGCAGGCGGCGGCGCAGGGCGCCCGGCAGGACCUGGGCCGCUGGCUGUCCCGAGCCGCCGGGACGGCAGCGGGAGGCGGCGGCAGCGGAGACACGAUCGGCUUCGUCCCGGCGGAGGCGGCGGGGGCCGGCGGGCUGCUGCUGGGGCCCUGCGCGGACCAGGACGGGCUGCCGCCCGCGGAGCUGCUGCUCUGCCAGUUGCCCGAGCCGGGCGGCGGCGGGCAUGGGCUGGCCGAGGCCCGCGGCUGGCGCUGCUCCUGCUGCCUCCUGGGCACCUGCUGGUGCAAGAGCUGCUUCAGCCUGUGCGUCCUGGCCGCCGUCUGCUUCGCCUCGCUGGCCCUGGUGCGCCAGUACCUGCGGGACCUGCUGCUCUGGGCCGAGAGCCUGGACAGCCUGGCCGGCGUGCUGCUCUUCACCGUGGGCUUCAUCGUCGUGUCCUUCCCGUGCGGCUGGGGCUACAUCCUGCUCAACGUGGCCGCCGGCUACCUCUACGGCUUCGUGCUGGGCAUGGGGCUGAUGGUGUUCGGCGUCCUCGUCGGCACCUUUGUGGCCCACGUGGCCUGCAGGCGGCUGUUGGCCCGCUGGGCACGGGCCAGGAUCCAGGGCAGCGGGACGCUCAGUGCCAUCGUCCGUGUCGUGGAGGGCGGCAGCGGCCUCAAGGUGGUGUUUCUGUCGCGGCUGACGCUGAUCCCCUUCGGGCUGCAGAACGCCGUCUUCGCGAUUACAGAUCUAUCACUACCCAACUACCUGAUGGCUUCUUCACUUGGGCUGCUUCCUACUCAGCUCCUGAACUCGUACUUGGGCACUACCUUGCGCACCAUGGAGGACGUGAUUGCAGAACAAAGUGUUAGUGGCUAUUUUGUAUUUGGUUUACAGAUUGUCAUAAGCAUAGGACUCUCGUUUUAUGUCGUUCACCGGGCUCAAGUGGAACUCAAUGCAGCGAUUGUAGCGUGUGAGAUGGAAAUGAAGACAUCACUUGUUAAAGACACUCAGCCAAGCAUCAAUGGCUCAACCACAUACUGCAACAAGAGGACAGUAGCAUUCUCUGGAGGGGGUGUCAAUAUUGUGUGAUUUCAGGUGUUAAUGACUAAGUAGGAUUUUGUGAACCUGAGCUAGAAAUAUCUUGAACCUUGCCUAGAAAUAUCUAUGGACAAUUGAAAUGGAUUGUUAAAAAAUUACAAGUGAUUACAGGUUGUACUGUGGCACAAACCAACUGACCAGCUCUUUAAUUGCACAUGGGGUGACUUCUAGCAACAUAAGGAAGAUGGCAAAGUAACUUAAGAUGUAAAUGCAAAUUUGGCUGCACCUUUGGUCAUUUAUAAUGCCUGUCAUGGCCUGUAAUCUGCACUUUAAGUAGUUUUUUUUUUCCUUUGCUCCUAUAAACUGAGAAAUGCUUCUAUAAACAAAAAAUUAGCACAGAGGUAAAUAUUUUUCUGCUUAGCAUUAUUUAUAAGGCUAAAUAAUUAUAUACAGUAGAAUUUUAUUACUGAUAAAGGUGAAUGAGAAAGUAUACAAUUCAAUGUAUGUUAUUCUUGAAUGUGCUUUUGCUUAGGAAUUGCUUCCAGAACUUGGAGUGUAUUAUUUAGCUAAUGAUGGGACCAUUUGGCUUUUUCUUCAUUUUUUUAUUUGAAAAAAUGGAACCCUAUGUAAAGUUUUGGUUGAAUGUAUUUUUCUAAGUCAUUACAAAUGUUGCAGAGCCAUGCAAAUGUAUUCAUACAAGCUUAAAUCCUACAUUGUGGGACUGAAGUGCUCUUAAAUUACAUUUUAAGUUACACUGUGUAAUAUGCAAAGUACAAGGGAAAAUACAGAAGUUAGAUUGCAAUGACUAUUUGAAUGACACUUAAUUGGUUUUGCCACCUUGGUGAUUGUAACAAAGGGCUGUUCCACAUUAGUCCUAUAUAUGAUAUUUUUAAUUGUUUAAAGGAUGAAGUUUGUCAGCUCACGUGACUGUAUGUUGUAAGGCUUCUAGAACAGGGAGUUAAAUCUCUGCUCUAAACAGAAUGGUGGGAUAUUAGCAGUACUAAUUUUACAAGAAGGUGGCCUUUAUUUUGUAAGUGAAUCCCCUCUCCCUUUAAAAAGCUUUAAAAAUUCACUUUGGUUGGCACAUCUUUUGUACUAGUUUUACAUUUUUUAAAAGAUGCAAUCUAUUACAAAUUUCAUUAGAGUGAAGAAACGAAAACUAGAGGUUCUCCUUGGAAAAAAGAAAUAAUCCAGUAAUGGAGAGGACAGCAAUGUCUCUGAGACUCAGGAAUUCUGACUCCAUUUUUGCAAGACAAAACUAUAUUGGAUACUGCUCCUUUUACGCCUGCUGUGGACUGUUUUUCACUGCAUUAAAUGGACUGGAUAACCUGGCAGUAACUUGUGUGUGUGUCUAAAAGUAAAACAAAAAUAAUGCCUGAACACAAUGUUCUGUAUGCGUGAGUUUCAUGUAGAUAUACAUACCAACGUUCAGUGGCUCAAACACAUGCAAGUCAUCUGAUACAAACAUAAUGUAAAGUAUGGCUUCUUUUCUAGUUCUUUUGUGUGAGUUUUAAGGAUGCUUUCAGUCUUCAAAAUUUUGUGUUAUUUCCUAGCUGUGUGACUGUGCCUCCUUUUUUUAAGGUUGGUUGUAGGGUCCAAGCAUUUUUGUCUUAAGAACAGUGGGUCUUCAGGGCCAUUGGGAAGCAGAGAUGUGAGAGCCUCUGACAGCCUUACCGAGAGGACGUGCAGCACUCGCGCAACCCAACACCUGCGCGCUCCUUCGCAGCGGGAGUUCCAUUUUGUUCCUCAAAUACAUGUCCUUUGCAGAUUGCUGUUCUUGGGUCCUGCGACCUAAAGAACUGGGCUAGUCCCGUGAAAGCAACAAAGUUCAGAUUGUCUCCUUUCUGUUGUUUAGGGGCUUGGUUUUGGGUUUUUUUGUUUGUUUUUGUUGGGUUUUUUGUUGGGUUUGUUUGUUUGUUUGUUUUUUGUUUUGGUUUCAUUUGGUUUUGGAUUUAGUUUUGAUUGGUUGGUUUUUGAAAAGGCAAUCUGUAUCUACCUGGAAGUGUUCAUUUACACAUCUCUGCCUCUGACAGCUCCUGUGUGAAAACAAGAGAGCCAGAUAACUUUUUGAUGGCGUUAUUUGUCAUCAUAGUAUAAUUGAGUCCUUUCUUAAUUAAAGGUUUUUUUUUUGUUUGUUUGUUUCUUGUGAAGAACAGUCCUUCAGUGAACUGAUCUGAACUUUGCUCUAUCUUGCCAAAUGAACAACAGUGUUUUGAAGAGGGUAGCUCUUUCUUUGCAUUUUGUAACUAACUUAAGGUUGCGUUGAUUAUUUAAAACAUUUCCCAAAUAUGUAUUUUGAAGUGCUUUUAUUUCCAUGACAUUUUGUAACCAGAGUAACUUCACUAUGUGAACACUUUUGUAGUAUGGAAUUAGUUCUUAAGACUUUUGCAUUUUGCUUGAUACUUGUAAUAUUUGUGUACAAGUUAAUGGGAAAUGUGCAUUAAAAGGAACUUUUCUGUACCAUGCCAAUCAUAAUUUUAUACAAUAAAUUCACUUAAAUUUCUUUAAAGGAA